AUGGAGAACCCUGCUCUCAUCUCUCGAACUUCCAACAAUCAUCACCAACUCUGGUUCGCAUUUCUCAUUUCCUUUCUCUUAUUCUCAUUGUUUCUCCGUUUUCAUUACUCAAACACCUUUCAAUCUCCCAACACUGUCGCCACUUUCUCAAUCAACAACACUGAUUCCUGCCAUGGCCGCUACGUUUUCAUCCAAAACAUCCCGUCUCGUUUCAACCAGUUUCUCCUUCAAAACUGUCAAUUUCUCACCAAAGGAACCGAUAGACCCAACAUGUGUCCUUAUAUGAACAACAGGGGUUUGGGUCCUGAGAUUAAAAGUGAAAAUGUUAGUGAUGUUCUUUUAACAAACAGUUGGUAUGCGACUAACCAGUUUUUGUUGGAGGUUAUUUUUCAUAAUAGGAUGAAGAAUUAUGAAUGUUUGACGAAUGAUUCGGCUUUGGCUUCUGCUGUUUUUGUUCCGUCGUAUAUUGGUCUUGAUAUUAGUCGUUUUCUUUGGGUGGCUAAUCUUACUGUCAGAGAUUCUUCUGGUUUUGAGCUUGUGAGAUGGCUUGUUGAGAGGCCUGAAUGGAAGAGAAUGUGGGGGAGAGAUCAUUUUCUUGUUUCUGGUAGAAUUUCUUGGGAUUUUAGAAGGCAAUUUGAUGAUUUGGCUUAUUGGGGGAGUAAGUUUAGGUUUUUACCUGAAUCAAUGAAUAUGUCUAUGUUAGCAGUGGAGGGUAGUUCAUGGAAUAAUGAUUAUGCGAUACCGUAUCCGACUUCGUUUCAUCCGUUGUUGGAUAACGAUGUUUAUCAAUGGCAGAGUAAAAUCAGACAUCAAAAGAGGAAAUUCUUGUUUACUUUCACCGGAGCACCGAGGCCUGAGCUUGAAGAUUCUAUCCGAGGGAAAAUUAUAGAACAGUGUCGAGGUUCGAGUUUGUGUAAGUUCAUUGAUUGUAGCUCUGAGAAAUGUGAUGAUCCUGUUAAUGUUAUGAAAGUGUUUGAAAAUUCUGUGUUCUCUUUGCAACCUGCUGGUGAUUCAUACACAAGAAGAUCGAUUUUCGAUUCGAUUUUAGCCGGUUGUAUUCCUGUGUUUUUUCAUCCUGGUACUGCUUAUUCGCAAUACAAGUGGCAUUUUCCGAAAAACAGAAGUGAAUAUUCUGUUUAUAUACCUGUGAAGGAUGUGAAAGAAUGGAACGUUGAUGUUGGAAAAGUGUUGUUGGGAAUUCCAGAGAAUGAAGUGAGUGCAAUGAGAGAACAGGUUAUAAAACUUAUUCCGAAAAUUGUUUAUGCAGAUCCUAGAGGUAAGUUAGAUAAUUUUGAUGAUGCAUUUGAUAUAGCAUUGAAAGGGAUACUUGAAAGAAUUGAGAAGGUAAGAGAAGAGAUUAGGAGAGGGAGAGAUCCUAGUAUUGGUUUUGCAGAUGAAGAUCAUUAUAAGUAUACAUUUUCUGAUAACUAG